AUGCUCUCUCGAGGCUGAUCGGGCUUCUCUCUGAUAGUAAAUACUCCCUGUUGUUAACGACGGUGGCGGUGUUGUUGGCUCAACGAGAACUCAUAUUAGCGUGGCGGUGCUGUUGUACCGGACCUCACUCAAUUAUGUCACGGGGGUGACUUCCACAUUCGUAUAUCCGCGGCUGCUUCACCAAAGAUCGAGCAAUCAUCACCACCAUCAUCAUCAAUCAUCAUCAUCACAUCACCGUUCCAGAAGAGCUCGCGAGAAUCUCGCGGACGAAUAAAAAAAAAAGGAGCUCGGAUCCCCCAGGUUGUUGACAGUUCCGAUAUUUCCCUCUUGGCCGCGAUUCUUCGACUGUACCGUGUCUCGUCUAUCCGUCUCUCUCUCUCCCUCUCUUCUUCCUUCUCUCUCUCUCCCUCUCUUUCGUCUCUCCUUGCUCCCUCUCUCGCGCUCGCUCCCGUUCCGUCAUCGUUGUCGCUUUUCGCCUCGAUCGUGAAAAGCGCGUACCUUUUCAGCGCAUUUAACGUUUCGCUCGGCUAGGCCGGAGGAAAGUUAAGUGUUCCGGGGGAGAAAGAGAGAGUGGGACGUGAAAAGUCGUUAAAUGUGCUCGCCCGUCAUCGGCUCGCGAGUAUGUUUCAGCAGUGAUCGCAGUCUCCUCGCGCGACAACGGUGGCUCGCGAUCAUCGGCUGUUCCCGAUAUACCUACAUGUGUGCUCGCUGCUUUUAAUCGGAAAAAAAGGAAGCGGCGGGUAUCAAUGUGUACGCGGCGCCACGCGCUUAUCGUAGCAGCAUCGACGGGACGACGGCAUUAAUUCCCUGGGUUCGGGAGAGGAGAAAGACCCUCGAAGACGCGUUGAGACCAAAAAUUCGACAUGAUGAAGAGCAGUGCCCUGAUGAAGAAGGAGAGCAAAAUGCGCAUACGUGCUUUUCCGACCACUAUGGAUGAAAAGUACGUAGAAAGCAUUUGGGCUUUGCUGAAAAGUGCUAUACAAGAGAUACAGAAGAAGAAUAAUUCUGGCCUCAGUUUUGAAGAACUUUAUCGCAAUGCUUACACAAUGGUUCUUCACAAAUAUGGUGAGCGUUUAUAUACAGGACUGAAAGAAGUUGUAACACAUCAUCUUGAAAACAAAGUACGAGAAGAUGUUCUUCGAUCUCUACAUAAUAAUUUCCUGCAAACUUUAAAUCUUGCAUGGAAUGAUCAUCAAACAUCAAUGGUGAUGAUUAGGGACAUAUUAAUGUAUAUGGACAGAGUGUACGUUCAACAGAAUGAUGUAGACAAUGUGUAUAAUCUUGGAUUAAUUAUUUUUCGAGAUCAGGUUGUUAGAUAUGGAUGUGUCAGAGAUCAUUUACGUGAGACAUUAUUAGGUAUGGUUGCAAGGGAAAGAAGAGGAGAAGUUGUAGACCGUAGCGCUAUAAAGAAUGCCUGCCAAAUGUUAAUGUUACUUGGAAUUAACAGUCGUCAAGUUUAUGAAGAAGAUUUUGAAAGGCCUUUUUUACAGCAAAGUGCUGAGUUUUAUAGAAUGGAAUCUCAAAAAUUUUUGGCAGAAAAUAGCGCAUCAGUAUAUAUAAAAAAAGUUGAAGCUAGAAUUUGUGAAGAAUCUGAAAGAGCAAAACACUAUUUAGAUGAAUCCACUGAACCGCGGAUAGUAGAAGUUGUAGAAGAAGAAUUAAUCAAAAUUCACAUGAAAACCAUCGUUGAGAUGGAAAAUAGUGGUGUAGUGCACAUGCUCAAAAAUCAGAAAACAGAAGAUCUUGGUUGUAUGUAUAAACUAUUUUCAAGAGUGUCGGAUGGGUUACGCACCGUGUGCGAUUGUGUAUCUCAAUUCCUUAGAGAACAAGGUCGAGCUUUGGUGCAAGAAGAGCAUGAAUCAACCACAAACGCUGUUCUUUACGUCCAAAACUUGUUAGAUUUAAAGGACCGCUUUGAUCAUUUUCUACAUUAUUCUUUUAAUAACGACAAAAAUUACAAACAAAUGAUAGCAUCGGACUUUGAAUACUUCCUUAAUUUAAAUGCUAAAAGUCCAGAAUAUCUCUCACUCUUUAUUGAUGACAAACUGAAGAAAGGUGUUAAAGGGAUGACAGAGCAGGAGAUUGAAGGAAUCUUAGACAAAACUAUGGUCUUAUUCCGUUUCUUACAAGAAAAAGACGUUUUUGAACGGUACUAUAAGCAACAUUUAGCCAAGCGAUUAUUGUUGAAUAAAUCUGUCUCAGAUGACAGUGAAAAGAACAUGAUAUCCAAACUUAAGACUGAAUGUGGAUGUCAGUUUACAUCAAAAUUAGAAGGCAUGUUUAAAGAUAUAACAGUCAGUAAUACAAUUAUGGAUGAGUUCAAGGAUCAUGUUCUUACAUCUGGAACAAAUUUACAUGGUGUGGAUAUAAGCGUUCGGGUGCUCACAACCGGUUUCUGGCCGACACAAUCUGCCACCCCAAAGUGUAGUAUGCCGACUGCACCGCGCGAUGCCUUCGAUGCCUUCCGGCGUUUCUAUCUGGCUAAACAUAGUGGUCGACAAUUAACGUUACAGCCUCAAUUAGGAUCUGCUGAUCUGAAUGCUAUAUUCCAUGGACCACGAAGAGAAGAAAGUAGUUGUGGAGGCCUAGAUACUCCAUCGUCUUCGAGUUCCAUUGGAAAUAGUAGUAAUGCAAGUGGCAGCUUAGUGAGCCAGCGAAGCAGUGCAUGUAGUACACCACGAAAACAUAUAAUACAAGUUUCCACUUACCAAAUGUGUGUGUUAAUGCUCUUCAAUAAAAGAGAAAGAUUAACAUAUGAGGAAAUUCAAGGUGAAACCGAUAUUCCAGAGAGGGACUUAGUCAGAGCAUUACAAUCUCUUGCUAUGGGUAAAGCUUCGCAAAGAAUUUUACUUAAACAUCCUCGUACUAAAGAAAUCGAACCUUCGCACUGUUUCUGCAUAAAUGAUAGUUUUACCAGCAAAUUACACAGAGUGAAGAUCCAGACUGUAGCAGCGAAAGGAGAAUCUGAACCUGAAAGAAAAGAAACGCGCAAUAAAGUCGAUGAAGAUCGAAAACAUGAAAUUGAAGCUGCCAUCGUGCGGAUUAUGAAAGCUCGAAAGCGUAUGCCUCACAAUAUACUUGUAGCAGAAGUAACAGAGCAGUUGAAAGGUCGAUUUUUGCCUUCACCUGUAAUAAUUAAGAAACGUAUAGAAGGUUUAAUCGAACGAGAAUACUUGGCUCGUACACCGGAAGAUCGAAAAGUAUAUACGUAUGUUGCUUAAUGCUGAAUUCAAUAUUGGAUGUGUACAAACAUUAUGCCAAAAAAGUGGGAUCUACGAUCUAUAUGAUGCAGAUUUUGUUAAUGGGAUAAAAUGUGCGUAUGAGAGCUUAAAUAAAGAUGAAGAUCUUAAUAAAAUGCUGAGAGAUUCAAACAUAUGUUACACAAGGCUCACAUUGUAGUGAAAAAAGGCGAAAUAAUCGGCGUAUUUUUAUUUUUAUUUGUAUUCUUCUUAUUUAUUAAUAGAAUUUUAAU